AUUAUGAGUAUCAAUUUGAUAGUUGAUAAUAUCUAUCAACUAUUUGAUGAAUCGGUAUUAUGAACAUCAACUUUUAAUUUUUGAACCGAUUGUGAAUAGUUUAUUGUGAAUGAGAUUUUUUUCUCGUUUGACGUUUUCAAUUAUUGUUUUAAAAUUUUGUUAUGUGUCUGGACUUCUGGAGUUAAAAUUGUUUUGCGAAAAUGAACAGAAUAGUAAGUAACAGGAAGCAAUUGGAAAGAAUGGUAGAAUUGAUGGAGCAAAAUCCUGAAGUGGCAAGGGGGAUGUUGUCCAAAGUGGACCUAGGAAAAAAGUGGGAAGCUAUCGCAGUGGAGUUGAAUAGUUUGGGGCCUCCACAACGCGACUCAACCAAGUGGCAAAGAGUAUGGAUUGAUCAAAAAACAAAAAUUAAAAAGAAAGUUACAAAAAAUAAGAUAGAGACAAUUGCAACUGGCGGAGGACCUAAUAAAACAAUCCGAUUGACUGAUGAUGAAGAAGCAGUAAGUCGCCUAAUGCAAUUUAAUGCCUGUGUUAAUCCCCCGGGUGUUGAAUUUGGGUUGCAAUUAACAAAUUUGCCUGACGAAGGUGUUAUUGCCGACGAAGACGAAGCAGUUUUUUGUUUGCAUGCGAAAAUAUUCCUAUAGCAACCGAAUUAAACAUCGUCAAUAAAAAGUAAUUUAAAAAAAAAAAUGCGUACAAAUCGCUGUUUCUUUAAAUUUAUAUUUUAUUCUAUGGAGAGAAUGAAAAAAACGUACCUUUUAUAAUUUUUUUCUAAAUUUAUUUGAGACGUAUCAACCAAGAAUUUGUGGUUGAUAUGAUAAUUGAUGUGUAUCUAUUUUUUUGAUAUCCGUAAUACCAAGUAAUGUCAAAAAAUCAUUCACAAUAAUGAUAAAAUUCACAGUUCAUCAACAAAGUUGAUAGCCAUAAUACCAAUGCAUCAAAAAUAUUGUUAUGUAUCAAG